GGGCCGUCGUGCAACCAUUGAACCAUGGUAUCUAUAUCCGUUGCUCGAACUAUCGCGCGGCGGUCGUGGACGAACCAUGAGUGUGAAGUAAGUGACACGACCGGCGAUAUAUUCGUUACGCUUUCGGGACUAGGUUCAUCCGCUUCGCUAGAUUCACAUGUCUAUUCAGUCUACACAUCCCCCGAUUCCCUUUCGCCUCUUACCUCUCUACAUAUGUUGUCCACGUUGCUUGGACGUUGCGAAUUUGCAAAUUGCGGUCGAAGUUGUCACUGAUCAACAUCAAUUGCCCGAGUUUCCGUAUAAUUUGUCUAAAACAAAGUGUUCGGAUUAAUAAGUCAAUGAAAAGAGCUGUUUGUUUUUUUUUUUAAAAAGACGGAAUUUGUGUGAGAUGGACGACGAAAUAAUAGACGUGAUCACCGAAUGUAGUUUCGAUUAUUUGGAAUCCCUGUACGAACCGUGGAACAAGAUCAACUCGACGUCAUAUAACCCAAUUAGUCCUCAAUGGUUGAUUCAACUGGCAGACGAUUGGAACUCUGAACAUAGCGUACGCAAGAAUGAUUCAAGGAAAUUAAAAAAACGUCUGUCAGAAGAUGUUUGUGAUGAGUCCAAAUACCGGGAAAUUCUCAAUAAAUACAAAGAGAAUGAUGUAUUUGUACUACCAAACGGUGAAGAAAUAGUUAGGGUUCGUAAUGAUUCCAGCUCUGAUUCAGAAAUCGAUAUUAUGGAUGGAGAGACCAAUACUAAUAAUAUUGAGGAUUGGCAGUCAGUUAUAUCACAUGGUUUCACAAGAGAUAUAGAACACAUACCAGCACCCACUCAAGAAAGACAUAUAGAAAGUAAUAUUAUUACUGCAGAUGAAAGAUAUUAUCAUCCUAACUUAUUUGGAAAAAAAGAUGAUAAAAAAUAUUUAAAAGUAAGAAACACUAUAUUAGAUUUGUGGAAAGCAAAUAAGCCAUGUUAUGUAUCAAAAACAUUUGCUAAACAAAAAAUGAAAAAGUGUGGUACUGCAAAAGACAUUGGACAGGUGCAUUCAUAUCUUGAACGUAGAGGAUACAUUAAUUUUGGAUGUGAUGAAUGUAAAUAUCAUAAAAAUAUUAAAAAAGAAUUAGUUAAAGCCAGGAUAUUGAAAACUCAAUAUAAUUUAAAACCACCUCUUCUUCAUGGAAAAAAUAAAUCUUUUAAAAAAAUAAAGGCAAUGGGUGGUUACACAAUAUGUCAUGAUAAAACUUCAUCUCAAUGGGAGCAUAACUAUUCAGUCCCCAAACGAAACAAACGUUAACUAAAAUACUUAUUUUAUAAAAAAAAAACAUUUUGGCUGUGAAUGGGUUACAUUAUGGUAAUUAUUCAUAUAUUAAAUAAGUAUUAGAUUUUUUUAUAUUUAUAAUUAUUGUGUUAUUUUUUUAAGAAAUGACUGAGGCAAAUUAAUGCAAUUUUCAUUUUCAUUUUUUAUUAAAUACAUUAAACAUAUCUAAUCUAUAAAUGUAAACAGAAUAAAUAUCAAAAAUAGUGACCCAUAUUCUAAACUUACUUGUAAAUUGUGUGUAUGUUAUAAUUUUAUAACAAAUGUAAUCUGUUUGCUAUAAUUGUUGACUAUUAUUUUUAUUGUUACACCAUUUUUUAAACUACAUUUUUAUAAUCUAGUUUGAUAUAAAAUAUCUGAGUAUAAUAAAUACUUGUAUUAACUGUGUAAUGAUUAUUAAAAAAUUGCCUAUUGAUUAUAAAAUAUGAACUUAGGAUUAUUAUUAUGUUAAAAAACUACUAUUUUUAUUUAACACAUGUAGUUUUUAACUUAUGCAUAAUAUAACAAUAAAAAUCUGAAUAUGUUUUAAUAAUUCUUUCUGUAUUUCAUUUAAUAUUAAUGCAUUAUUAUAAUUUAAUUUUGUUUUAUCUUAUGUGCUAUGUGUUAUACGAAACCCACUUAAAAUCCACUUGGAGAAUUAAAUAAAAUAACAUUGAGUAUGG